GAUAUGGUCGUUCCAUUUCAACAGUGCAUAGUUCCUUGGCUCCUUGUUCUAUCUUCUCAUCAUUUCUUGUGGCUUGUGCGACUGACAUAAUGGCCUUCGCCGCGCGAUGUGCACGCACAAUGCGUGUGUGAUUAAGAAAACAAGGUUGCCUCGUUGCACAGGAGAACAACAAGUGCCCCUGGUUAAAAGCCUCCUUCUUGCUUGUCGUUCCACACGCUUUCCUCUCAUCAAACUGGACAGCGACUUACAAUGCUUCCCACAACUUCAGCUACAGCCACGUCGCCCUCGACCGGGUCUGACGAGACCAUCGACAGCUCUGGGCUCAAGUCCAUAGCUGGCGCAAUCGGCCUGUCAGACCCGCGAUUCUCGACAGCGCGACGAAAGCUGCUCGAUCUCAUUAACAGACUGCAUAACACGGGGGUCCAGCGAGACGUAGACUUACCGGUCAUCGCUGUUAUCGGUAACCAGAGCGCCGGAAAGUCUUCACUCAUAGAAUCCAUUUCCGGCAUCACACUGCCAAGAGCCAGUGGCACUUGCACAAGGUGCCCAACGGAGUGUCGAUUGACAUGGUCGACACAGCCGUGGCAGUGUAUAGUCUCCCUUAGAUUCAUCACUGACGAACGCGGCCAGGCACUCGGCCACGCUCGUAACGAGUCUUUCGGCGAAGUAAUCUUCGAGAAGGCCAAAGUCGAAGAGAGAAUCAGGCGGGCGCAGCGUGCCGCCUUGAACCCAAGCACCAGGCCCAUUCAAUUUCUGCAGGGAGCUGACGCGGACCCAGCACACCCCGAGCUGUCCUUCACGACCAAUUGUGUCUGCCUGCAGAUCCGUGGUAGCGAUGUUGCCGAUCUGUCCUUCUGCGAUCUUCCCGGUCUGAUCAGUAGCGUGGGCAAGGGCGGGAAGGAGUCAGACAUCGGGCUCAUCACUAGCCUUGUAACAUCCUAUAUCUCGAAGCCCAGUUGUAUCAUCCUCCUCACGGUAGCUUGCGAAACCGACUUCGAGAACCAAGGCGCCCACCACAUUGCUAAGCAGCACGACCCCGAAGGAAAGCGUACGAUAGGUGUGUUGACCAAGCCAGACCCCCGCUGGACUCGCUUCAUCAAGAAUGAGUGCGAGCCGCUCGAGAACGGCUGGUUCAGCGUGAAGCAGCCUGACUCGAAGGCUCUCGCCUCGGGCAUCACCUGGGAAGACGCACGCCAGAUGGAGCGCGAGUACUUCGCGUCCGCAUCCGUCUGGUCCGAGCUCGAGCCCGAAUUCCAGCGCUACCUCGGCACGACCAACCUCACGGAACGACUCAGCCAGAUCCUGUCUGAGCUGAUCGCCAAACGGCUGCCAGAGCUGCAAGAUGAGCUGCAGAGUCUCCUCCACAAGACCGAGGAAGCCCUGCGCCAGCUUCCGAAGCCGCCGUCGAACGAUGCCUUCGCCGAAAUUCUCCAUAUCCUUUCGGACUUUGCUCGAGAUAUGUCCAAGCAUUUGGAGGGAACACCCGAAGGGCAUGGGUUAUUGCAGACCCUGAGGCCCAUACAGGAACGGUUCAAGAAGGCGAUCAGAGAAACAGCUCCCGAUUUCCGACCUUCCCCGCGCCCUGCGAGGGCGUCAGCUGCCUCGAGGAGUGACGAUAUCGUCUAUGAUAGUGACGAAGAGCCGUCUGAAGCCCGAUUCCAACAGCCCGAAUUCUUGCGCGCUGAGGAGCCCGACGCGUGGAAAGUGAAGAACGACGACCGUGCCGUGUAUGUGGAUGAGGUGAUGGCCCGAGCGCGAGAGGCUACGACGCGCGAGUUGCCCGACUACUAUCCGUUCGUCGUUAUACAGCAAUAUAUCAACGCAGUUACGUUGAAGUGGGACAUCCCGACGAAGAACCUCUUCGACUCAGUGCAGAAUAUCUUGACGACCUACGUCAAGCAAAUCAUCAAUCAGCACUUCUCAAAGUUCACGCAGGGUGGGCUACACCAGCAUGUCAUAGCCGUCGUCAACGAACAUAUCAAGGAACGCUGCGCAGAGACGAUCAAGAAAGUCCUUUGGCUGCUUGAGUUGGAGCAGCAGCCAUGCACGCUUAAUGGUCACUACUAUUCUGACUACAGAGACAAGUUUGUGUCGCACUAUCGCGCACACCGAUCCAGUAGCGGCUCUGGAAGCCUACUGACGAAGCUAGGGGAGUAUCCUGGCACCAACUCUGCAAAUCGUCAAACGGAAUUCCAGAAGAAUACAGCGCAAGUGCUGUCCGGCCUGAGCGCGAUCGGGAUCUCUGGGGUGAAAGCGACGGAUCUUCCCAAGCUGCUUCCCUCAGACCCAUACGAGCCCGCGUUGAACAUCAUGGCGUGCGUCCGAGCGUACUUCCAAGUGGCUUACAAGCGAUACGUGGACUACGUCCCUAUGGCUGUCGAUCGCGAGCUCAUCCUUGGACUUGACAUGGACGGUGCACUGGAAAGUGUCCUGCUCAAGGGCCUGGGCAUCACUGGGCCGGAUGGUCCGCGGCGCUGCAAAGAGUUCUUGCAGGAGCCUCCGAACGUUGUCACUCGUCGUCAGGAGCUGCAGAAGAGAUGGGAGCGCUUGGAUACGGCGAAGAAAGAGCUCAUGGACAUCUGGUUGUAGAAGCCUGAACGGACGUGGCGUGGCGAUGCUGUACAUUUUCUUACCGUUGAGUCGUACUAUAUGGCCUUUCGAAGUUCCUCCUAGAUCUGUGCCGCGAUAGAUAUGUUCUGUAUCAGCUUUGUAUAUGAAAUGGACGCCAUCGUGUACGAUUGAGUACCUAAGCUUGUGCUUUGCGACCUUGAGCUUGAACGUUUGUACGCAGUGACGAUCAUUCAAGGGACAACUGGCGGUAAGUUGU